AAGCAAAGGAGGGAAUUACAGAGAACAUCAGGGCUGGAAUCUAAACUGUUCCAAGCCAGAGGCCGGUUUCUGGCCAGUGGCUCCCAUGAUGGUCUCUGAUGUCUGAAGUGGUGUCAGUAGAGGCUGAGCUGCAUCCUUUCUUUGAGCAGAUGGCAAAGGAAAACAACUCCAUGGCGGAGCUCAAAUCCCAGCAUAAUUUCAGGAGCUUCAACCAACAUGAGGCAGCAGAACGCCCCCGCUCCUUGUCCCUGGAGCUGCUACUGUGCAGAUUGAAGGCUAUAGAAGCCAAGAAGGAUGACAAGUUUGCCAACAUCCUGAAUGCAGUGGGGGAGUUUGGCACAUUCCAGCGGAGGCUAGUGGCCCUCACCUUCAUUCCCAGCAUCCUGUCCGCCUUCUUCCUGCUUGCUGACAUCUUCGUGUUCACACCCCAGAAGCCCUAUUGCAACACCAGCUGGAUACUGGCAGUUGGCCCCAACUUGUCAGAGGCUGAGCAGAUGAAUCUGACCCUGCCCCGAGAAUCCAACGGCAGUUUCCUGACAUGCCUCAUGUACGUGCCUGUGGACUGGGAUCUGGAUUCUAUCAUCCAGUUUGGCCUCAACCACACAGACACAUGUCAAGAUGGAUGGAUCUAUCCUGAGGUCAAGAAGAGGUCACUCAUCAAUGAGUUUGACCUGGUGUGUGGCAAGGAAGCCAACAUGGGUAUCGUGCAGAUCAUGUUCUUGGCGGGCUUCUUGACAGGGUCUCUCAUCUUCGGGUUCAUAAGUGACAAGCUGGGCCGCUACCCCACCAUCCUACUGUCGCUGCUGGGGUUGAUCAUCUUCGGUUUUGGGACAGCCUUUGUCAGCAGCUUUCACCAGUACCUGUUCUUUCGCUUCGGCGUGUCCCAGGCUGUGAUAGGCUAUGUCAUCAGCAGCGUGUCUUUAGCCACUGAGUGGCUAGUGGGCGUGCACCGGGCCCACGCCAUCAUCCUGGAACACAGCUUCUUCGCUGUGGGGGCCAUGUUCCUGACGGGCCUUGCCCACAGCCUUCCCCACUGGCGGCUGCUGUAUCUGGUGGGCGGGGCACCUGUGUUCUUCUUCAUCUCCUAUAUCUGGAUUCUCCCAGAGUCUCCCCGGUGGCUGAUGACGAAAGGGAAGCUGUAUGAGGCCAAGCAGGUGCUGUGCUACGCAGCUGAUGUGAACAAGAAGACCAUCCCUUUGAACCUACUAGAUAAGCUCCAGCUGCCUAGAAAGGUGACUAGCUCCUCUAUCCUGGACUUCCGUAACGACAGGCACCUCCGCAAGGUGACCUUGGUGAUGUGCAGCGUGGGGUUUGCUGUCGGUUACAACUGUCAUAUGUUGAGCUUCAGGAUUAGGAAGUUGGGUGUGAACAUCUACUUCACCCAAGUGAUUCCCAGACUCAUGGAGUUGCCUGCCCGGCUGUGCUGCAUCUUUCUCCUCGAGCAGUUCAAGAGGAAGCAGAGCCUGUCCUUGACUCUCUUCCAGGGCACCCUCAUGUGCUUCCUUAGCCUUAUCCUCCCCUCAGGUACAGAUGGGCCCCAACUCAGGUGGCCACCUUGUCUGGCCACAGAGUUGAAAUUCCUCUCGGUCUUGAUAAUCGUGCUUGGAGGGUUCAUCCUGGUCGCCUCGGUCACCGUGUUCCUCAUCUACACUGCUGAGCUCCUUCCCACUGUCCUCAGAACAACAGGUCUGGGGUUAGUGUUUCUGGCCUGGGCGGCUGGAUACAUCUUGUCCCUGAUGAUCAGCAGCCAGGGCAUCCCCAUCCUGCCCAUCUUCCUCUGCUGCACCUCAAGCAUCGUGGCCUUGACCCUCUGUUCCAAGCUGCCAGAAACCCAAGGUCACCCCCUCCCUGAAAGCCUGGAGCACUUUCCCCCACUGACGAGAAGGGCCCGUGACACUAGGUCUGAGUCCACAGCAGUCUCGCCAGCUCUCCUAGAUGCUGUCACCGUCUCUGCCAGCUCCCAUCCUGUGGAGAUGGGGAGUGCCAUGCAGCAGGCUCAUGGCUUUUUCUCCACUGGCUUCUUGAGGACCGGGAACGAGGAUAUGUUGAAUGAGGAUAUAUCAUGUGAUGACGUGACUGAGGAAGUGGCGAAGAACACCAUUCUCAACGCCAUGAUGAUGAACAUGGACCGAGACGUUCUCUCCAACCUGCCUUCCCAGUCCAGAGAAGAGGAAAUAGACAGACAGAAGGACUGA